AAGCAAGUCGGGUUCGUACACCACCAUGUAGCAUAAGCCUCCAAACAUUACCUGUUUCACCAAGUUCAUUGACUUUCUUAGAUGAUCUUGAAGAUUAUAUACGAUUGAAAAAAAAUGAACUUAAAAUACAUGGCUUAACUUGGAACGAAGCUACUAGUGAAUACAUGAUGGUAGUUGAAAAUUUUGAUUCGAAAAGGGAAUACUUCAAACAGACAGUAUAUCAAAGUAGGAGGCGAGUAAAGGCAAAUGAAGAACACGAAGAAUAUAAUGAAUUUUAUGUGGGCCAUAGGCAAGUAAAUAUAUGCAAAGAACGUAGUAAAUUUUCUGUAGAACUCAAAACGUUUCCUGGCUCUAAAAACUCAUUAAAUUUUCUAAGAGAA